AUGUCGAGCUCUGCUGACUACGAUAAGACAGAUAUUCCAUCGGACAUUUUCCCAAAGAUCCCACCAUGGCCCUAUUUACAACUUCCCAACAUCUCCACACGAUCCAGGGCCGCCCAAAUAACUGCAACUGUGCUGGCAGCUAUUGAGGAUUAUCUCCCGGAGCUGCGUGAUGAACCUUAUUGGGAUAGCAAUGAUCUUGCGGUCCUGCGUAUGGUUGCAAGACAAAUUGAUAAGGGUCUUUUUGAUGUUGAAACUCAGUUGAAGUGGAAGGUGCCGCGCACAUAUAGAGAUGGGAUGAAUUACAUGCAACAGGUCGUCAUUCCGGCACUGGCAAGUUACUUCAAAGCAACAAAGGAGAAAACAUUACUCACGUUGAAGGAUGGCGAGAAUGCCGAUGAUGUGCUGGCGCACUUGGAUGAUGACCGUGCAUAUAUCAUGUGCUUUUUCGGUGUAGACAAUGAAGCACAUCCAUUGUUCAGGGCAACUGGCCAAUCCCAAGAGGACAUUGUCACACGCCUCACUCAAUCAUGGACAGAGGGUCACAACCAGAGAGUCAAUGAAUGGAACCUCAACAGGGAGCAGGAAGUGGCUGAAGCCACAGAAAUCGAGCAAGCCCAUGCAGCCCAGGAAGAAGAGGCUCGCAUACUACGAGAAGCAGAAGCCAAAAAAGAGAAGGCAGAGGUAGAGAAAAAGAAACCAAAGAUGAACAGCUUCGACGAGACUGUUUCAGUAGGAGACUUCAUUUCCCUGCGUCCUUCCCAGUAUGCAGUCCAAAAGCUCAACAACUUCAAUUAUAAGAGCUAUGUCGCAGACGACUUUGGCCUCACCAGGGUUGACGACCAGCUAACGAUCCGCCCGGUUUACACUUUCAAAGCCUCGAAAUCAGCUAUCACAGAUCACAACCUCCCAUUCCUGACCUUUCUCCAUGCAAAGAAUUUAUUUCUAAUGCAACUCAGCAAAGCCAAAUGGCUGCAGAGCCACAUCAAUGCCCUCUCACUCUUCUUCUGGCAUCUCGAGAACCACCCCAUCUGAAACAACAGUGAAAUCGGAGAUACGGUCAUUCUCCAUUAUGCAUCACAGGUCCGUUUAGACUGGCAUGACCGUCUUAAACGAGACGAAGGUUUUAACAUCGCUAUCAUUAACGAAACCCUCCUCUGUGCGAUCAACGAGGAACUCUGGGACAGAAUCCAUUCCAAAAUGUUAAUGGCGGU